CAUCGGUGGGGAAGCGAUCCGAAGCGCGCGGCGGCCUUACCACCACCUUCUCCUCCGCCUGGCCUGACCAGCUUCCACCUGGCACACCCGAUCUGAACCGAAGCUCGCCGAACGGACGUGUUAAUGUGCCGGUUCACCCGUGGUCCAUCCUCCGGAACGACGACGAGGACGACGACGAUCGCCGCUGCUCUUCGUGGCACCGCAAGCCGUCCGACCAACCGGCGCUGCCCACCCGGCGCGAUCAUCACCUUGCUCGGUUGCCUCGCUUAUUCAGUCCCGAGUUCAUCGUCAUUUCACACGUAUCUCGCGCAUUCCGCUCGCUUGCUCGAGUCGUUGAGCCGAUCCACCGGGAAGGGACCGGACAUGAGAAGUGAGCCACCCGUCGCGUCGGAAGUGUAGUAGUGCCAGUGUAGUGCCUCUUAAUGGAGCGUGCCGCCGACGUAUAACCGCUCUCGUCGUGUUUCUCGUUACUCGCAACAGGCGGAGUGCCGACUUAAUCAGGACUUAAGAGAUGGUCAUCGUCACACGAUCUAUAUGCAAUAACAAAUGUGGCUCAUGCUGGAAAAAAAAGAAGGAAAAGAAGGAACGCAGACAAUCGAGACUCUGCUAUCAUCGCGUGCGAAGAACGAUUGUAGAAAUCAAGAGGAUUCGGUCCAUUGGCUUUCUUACGGGGAUUAUAUAUGGAUCGAACCAAUCUCAGGAAGAGAAUUUGAUGUCGCAAUCGGCGCGCGAGUAAUCUCAGCGGAAGGUAGACGUAUUCAAGUUAAGGACGACGAUAACAAGGAACAAUGGCUAACACCGGAGAGACGAAUAAAGGCCAUGCAUGCCACUUCGGUGCAAGGUGUAGAAGAUAUGAUCAGUUUAGGAGACCUCCAUGAAGCAGGCAUCCUGCGAAAUUUGUUAAUACGCUACAAUGAAAAUCUCAUUUAUACAUACACGGGCUCCAUCCUGGUCGCCGUCAACCCGUAUCAGAUAUUGCCUAUUUAUACCGCGGAACAGAUCAAACUGUACAAGGAUCGUAAAAUCGGCGAGCUGCCGCCGCACAUAUUCGCCAUCGGCGAUAACAGUUACGCACACAUGAACCGAUACGGCCAGGAUCAGUGUAUAGUAAUUAGUGGCGAGAGCGGAGCGGGAAAGACAGAGAGUACGAAAUUAAUUUUGCAAUAUCUAGCAGCAAUCAGCGGGAAACACUCGUGGAUCGAGCAACAAAUUUUAGAAGCAAAUCCGAUACUCGAAGCCUUUGGCAACGCAAAAACCGUAAGAAACGACAAUUCCUCCCGUUUCGGCAAAUACAUCGAUAUUCAUUUCAACGAGCAAGGCGUGAUAGAAGGGGCCAAGAUCGAACAGUAUCUCCUGGAGAAGUCACGGAUCGUAUCCCAAAGCUCGGAUGAGAGGAACUAUCAUAUUUUUUAUUGUAUGCUGGCCGGUCUUUCAAAGGAAGAGAAACAAAAACUCGAGCUGGAGGAUGCGUCUACGUACAAAUAUCUCACGGGGGGUGGCAGCAUCACUUGCGAGGGGCGCGAUGACGCGGCCGAAUUCGCCGACAUAAGAUCCGCCAUGAAGGUCCUACUCUUCUCCGAUGUGGAAAUCUGGGAGGUGCUUAAACUGCUCGCAGCUUUGUUACACAUGGGAAACAUAAAAUACCGAGCAACCGUCGUAGAUAACUUGGACGCUACAGAGAUACCGGAACAAACGAAUGUAAAGAGGGUGGCAUAUUUACUGGGAGUGCCAGUACAAUCUUUGAUAGACGCGCUCACUCGCAGAACUAUAUUCGCGCACGGCGAGACAGUGGUUUCCACGUUGUCGAGAGAUCAGUCGGUCGAUAUCAGAGACGCAUUUGUCAAAGGCAUAUAUGGCCGAUUGUUUAUACACAUUGUAAAGAAAAUUAAUGAGGCCAUAUACAGGCCGAAGAACAACUCCCGCAGUGCUAUAGGCGUAUUGGAUAUCUUCGGCUUCGAGAACUUUAGUCAUAAUAGUUUCGAACAAUUCUGCAUCAAUUACGCCAACGAGAAUCUCCAGCAAUUUUUCGUUCAGCAUAUAUUCAAGUUGGAGCAAGAGGAGUACAAUCACGAGGGCAUCAAUUGGCAGCAUAUAGAAUUCGUCGACAAUCAGGACGCUUUAGAUCUAAUUGCUAUUAAGCAACUUAACAUAAUGGCGCUCAUCGAUGAAGAGUCCAAGUUUCCCAAGGGCACAGAUCAAACUAUGUUGGCGAAAAUUCACAAAACCCACGGUAGUCAUAGAAAUUAUUUGAAGCCCAAGUCAGACAUCAACACGUCCUUCGGCUUGAAUCACUUUGCGGGCGUCGUCUUUUACGACACAAGAAGCUUCUUGGAGAAGAAUAGGGACACAUUCAGCGCGGACUUGCUGCAGCUUAUUCACAUAUCGUCGAACAAAUUUCUUCAAGCCUGUUUCGUCGAAGACAUCGGCAUGGGGUCGGAGACGAGAAAAAGAGCACCUACGUUGUCGACGCAAUUUAAGAAAUCGCUGGAUUCGCUCAUGAAGACUCUGAGCAGCUGCCAACCUUUCUUUAUACGAUGCAUCAAACCAAACGAGUAUAAAAAACCGAUGAUGUUUGAUCGAGGUCUCUGCUGUCGACAAUUAAGAUACUCCGGCAUGAUGGAGACCAUUAGGAUUCGUCGAGCUGGCUAUCCUAUUCGCCAUUCCUUCCCUGAAUUUGUGGAAAGAUAUCGAUUUCUCAUAUCCGGAAUUCCACCCGCGCACAAGGUGGAUUGUCGCGCGGCAUGUUCAAAAAUUUGUCACGCAGUGUUGGGCCGGUCGGAUUAUCAACUCGGGCACACCAAAGUCUUCCUCAAAGACGCUCACGACCUGUUUCUCGAACAGGAACGCGACCGCGUGCUGACACGGAAAAUUCUGAUAUUGCAGCGCAAUAUUCGCGGCUGGGUCUACAGACGUCGGUUCCUCAGGAUGCGAGCGGCGGCCAUGAUUGUGCAAAAGUAUUGGCGGGGAUACGCCCAACGUCAACGAUACAAACGCAUGAGAAUCGGUUACAUGCGGCUGCAAGCGCUAAUCAGGUCGCGCGUGCUAUCGCAUAGAUUCAGGCAUCUUCGCGGACACAUCGUUGCGCUUCAAGCGCGCGCCCGAGGCCACCUAGUGCGCAAGAUGUACCGGAAAAAGCUCUGGGCUAUAGUGAAGAUACAGGCGCAUGUGAGACGGCUGAUUGCGCAAAGACGAUACAAGAAGAUCAAGUACGAGUAUCGAUUACACGUUGAGGCACUGCGACUCCGAAAGAAGGAAGAACGUGAACUGAAGGAUCAGGGCAAUAAACGAGCCAAAGAAAUCGCGGAACAAAACUACAGAGAGCGCAUGCAAGAGCUGGAACGGAAGGAAAUUGAGAUGGAACUGGAAGACAGACGGCGCAUGGAAAUUAAGAAGAAUUUGAUUAACGACGCGGCGAAAAAGCAAGAUGAGCCGGUCGACGACAGCAAACUGGUCGAAGCUAUGUUCGAUUUCUUGCCAGAUUCCAGCAGCGAGGCUCCGACACCAGCGAGAGAAACGUCUGUGUUCAAUGAUCUUCCUGCACCGAAAGCCGAUCAGCAGGAGAUAAUCAGUCCAAUUCAGAUGGCUUCCGAGGACGAGGAGGAUUUAUCCGAAUUCAAGUUCCAGAAAUUUGCGGCCACGUAUUUCCAGGGCAACAUCACGCAUCAAUAUUCGAGGAAACCGCUAAAACAUCCACUACUGCCCUUGCACACGCAAGGCGAUCAGUUGGCCGCACAGGCAUUGUGGAUAACUAUAUUGCGAUUCACGGGCGAUCUGCCUGAGCCGCGAUUUCACACGAUGGACCGAGAUACCACCUCGGUGAUGUCAAAGGUGACGGCGACGCUCGGACGGAAUUUUAUCCGGAGUAAAGAGUUCCAGGAGGCUCAGAUGAUGGGCAUGGAUCCGGAUACGUUCCUGAAACAAAAGCCACGCUCCAUCAGGCACAAACUAGUAUCGCUGACCCUGAAGCGAAAGAAUAAGCUGGGUGAGGAUGUGCGAAGGAGAUUGCAGGAGGACGAGUACACUGCCGACAGCUAUCAAUCUUGGUUGGAGGCUAGACCCACGUCGAAUCUUGAAAAACUGCACUUUAUCAUCGGUCAUGGUAUACUGCGCGCCGAAUUGCGGGACGAAAUAUACUGUCAGAUCUGCAAACAGCUGACCAACAAUCCGUCCAAGUCGUCGCACGCGCGCGGUUGGAUUCUGCUGUCUCUCUGCGUCGGCUGUUUUGCGCCUUCUGAAAAAUUUGUCAACUACUUGCGCGCCUUCAUCCGAGAGGGACCACCUGGUUAUGCGCCCUACUGCGAGGAUCGGCUAAAGAGGACCUUCAACAACGGCACUCGCAAUCAGCCGCCAAGCUGGCUGGAGUUACAGGCCACCAAAUCGAAGAAGCCGAUUAUGCUGCCGAUUACUUUCAUGGACGGCAAUACAAAAACGCUGCUGGCCGACUCAGCUACCACCGCCAGAGAGCUUUGCAAUCAGUUGUCCGACAAGAUCUCUCUCAGGGACCAAUUCGGUUUCUCCCUCUAUAUCGCACUGUUCGACAAGGUGUCGUCCCUGGGCAGCGGCGGCGAUCACGUAAUGGACGCCAUCUCCCAGUGCGAGCAGUACGCGAAGGAGCAGGGUGCCCAGGAACGAAACGCGCCGUGGCGAUUGUUCUUCAGAAAGGAGAUCUUUGCGCCCUGGCACGAGCCGACCGAGGAUCAAGUAGCCACGAAUCUCAUCUACCAGCAGGUGGUGCGCGGCGUCAAGUUUGGCGAGUACCGUUGCGACAAAGAAGAAGACUUGGCGAUGAUCGCGGCGCAGCAGUAUUACAUAGAGUACCACACCGACAUGAAUGUCGACAGAUUGUACACCCUCCUGCCGAAUUACAUACCGGAUUAUUGCCUCACGGGAAUCGACAAGGCGAUCGAUCGAUGGGGACAUCUCAUCUUGCAGGCGUAUAAGAAAAGUUACUACUUGAAAGAGAAGGUACCGGCGCUACGCGUUAAGGAGGACAUAGUCGGCUACGCAAAGUUCAAGUGGCCUCUGUUGUUCUCUCGUUUUUACGAAGCCUAUAGAAAUUCCGGCCCGAAUCUGCCGAAGAACGACGUUAUUAUAGCUGUGAAUUGGACCGGGGUGUACGUAGUCGACGAUCAGGAGCAAGUGCUCUUGGAGUUGUCCUUUCCCGAGAUCACGACCGUAUCUAGUCAAAAGACAAACAAGAUGUUUACGCAGACGUUCAGCUUGUCGACGGUGCGCGGCGAGGAGUUUACAUUCCAGAGCCCGAACGCUGAGGACAUCCGUGAUUUAGUGGUGUACUUCCUGGAGGGGCUAAAGAAGCGCAGCAAGUACGUCAUAGCGCUGCAGGAUUACAAGGCACCGGGCGAGGGCACAUCAUUCCUGACUUUUCAAAAAGGAGACCUCAUUGUCCUCGAGGACGAGAGCACUGGCGAGACAGUGCUCAACUCGGGAUGGUGCAUCGGCACCUGUGAGAGAACCAGCGAGAAGGGCGAUUUUCCUGCCGAGACGGUUUACGUGUUGCCUUCUUUGACGAAACCGCCCAACGAUAUAUUGGCCUUAUUCAGUAUAGAAGGCACGGAGAACAGUCGCAGACUCUAUCCGCAGCAAAUGAACGGCGUAGACUCCCGCGACAAGCCUCACACUCUACUAGAAUACGCGAUCGAUCAUUUCCGAACACCGCCGAAAAGAACAAUGUCCAAGACGCUGACGUUGACAUCCGCGCGACGCGGCCACACGGACGAGUUGUGGCAUCAUUCUCGAGAACCGAUAAAGCAACCGCUUUUGAAGAAACUCGUAUCCAAAGAAGAGCUGGCCGAAGAAGCGUGCUUCGCUUUCAAUGCCAUUUUGAAGUACAUGGGCGAUCUGCCGACGAAACGGCCGCGCAUCGGCAACGAAUACACGGAUCUCAUCUUUGACGGGCCGUUGAAAAACGAAAUUCUGCGGGAUGAGAUUUACUGUCAGGUCAUGAAGCAGCUCACGGAUAACCGCAACAGAUUGAGCGAGGAACGAGGGUGGGAAUUGAUGUGGCUUGCCACUGGACUGUUUACUUGCAGCCAAAGCCUAUUAAAGGAAUUAACUUUGUUCCUACGUACAAGACGCCAUCCUAUAUCUCAAGAUUCUUUACAAAGGCUGCAAAAGACCCUACGCAACGGUCAACGAAAGUAUCCGCCGCAUCAAGUUGAAGUGGAAGCUAUUCAGCAUAAAACCACGCAGAUAUUUCACAAGGUUUACUUCCCGGAUGACACAGACGAGGCAUUCGAAGUCGACUCCUCCACUAGAGCGAAAGAUUUUUGUCAGAACAUCGCGCAGAGACUCAAUCUGCGAUCGGCCGAGGGUUUCAGUCUUUUUGUCAAGAUCGCCGAUAAAGUUAUCUCUGUCCCGGAAGGCGAUUUCUUCUUCGAUUUCGUACGGCACUUGACUGAUUGGAUCAGGAAAGCUAGACCAUCGCGAGACGGUGUGUCGCCACAAUUUACAUAUCAAGUCUUUUUUAUGAAGAAACUUUGGACAAAUACAGUUCCCGGUAAAGACAGGAAUGCCGAUUUGAUUUUCCAUUUUCAUCAGGAACUUCCCAAAUUACUACGAGGCUAUCACAAGUGCACGAAAGAAGAAGCGUCGAGAUUAGCAGCCUUGGUGUAUAGAGUACGAUUUGGCGAAAGCAAACAGGAAUUACAAGCGAUUCCGCAAAUGCUAAGAGAACUCAUACCGGGUGAUUUAAUCAAGAUACAGGGCGCUAAUGACUGGAAGAGAUCGAUAAUCGCUGCCUAUAAUCAAGAUGCUGGCAUGAGUCCGGAAGACGCGAAGAUUACAUUCUUAAAAAUCGUGUACCGGUGGCCGACGUUCGGUUCUGCGUUUUUCGAAGUGAAGCAAAGCACAGAACCGAAUUAUCCCGAGCUGUUACUAAUUGCCAUCAACAAGCACGGUGUGAGCCUUAUACAUCCUCAAUCAAAGGACAUAUUGAUCACACAUCCCUUUACAAGAAUCUCCAACUGGUCGUCCGGCAAUACUUACUUCCACAUGACGAUAGGAAACCUCGUGCGCGGCUCAAAACUCUUAUGCGAAACCUCGCUGGGCUACAAGAUGGACGAUCUCCUGACUUCAUACAUUUCGCUGAUGCUCACGAACAUGAAUAAGCAACGUACGAUACGAAUCAAAUAACCAAAAGUUUCGGAAUAUAUAAAACGUAAGUAUGUCUUCCAAGGUGCUAACACUAAUAUCUUUUAGCUCGCGCGUUUAUGCGUCUAUUUAAGAAUAAUUAUGUAUUUGAUGAAACUAAGCAGUUGCAAUACCGUCUCAAGAUGCAAUGAAUUUAUGUUCACUUGAUCGACGAGAGAUUCUUUAAAUUUAUAUACAUAUUUGAUACGCAACGCAUCACUGUUGAUGUUAUAUUAUACACGACGUAAAUUUUAUGCAGGUAAUUUUAAAAUCAUUAAUAUAAUUUAUAUCAUAAAGUAUAGGAAGUAUAUUUUGAUAUAUCUCUGAAAAAGUUAAAAUCUAGAAAUCGUGUUUAAUCAUUUCUAUCAUAUCUAUCUAUUUGUUAAUUUAUCAUAAUAUAUAUAUUUCUCAUAAUAUAAUCGAUAUAUUAGGGGAACAACCAUUAAUAUGUACACAAGUUGUUAGCUGAACGAUUUGUACAUGAUUUGUACUUAUGAUUAGGAACUUGUCCGCAGCAUUGUAAAAUAUUAUCUCCUCACUACCCCCUCUUUACUAUAUUUUAAAUCUUAAUGGACCUUGUGCUCAAACUCAUAUUGUUUCCAAACAAUCAUACUCACCGCAGCCUAAUAGCGGGCCUAAUAGCAAUUAUGCAUCAUCGUUUUUACUCGAGAAUAAUGCAUGUACUAGCUCCGCAAAUCUACAUGCGAUAGCGAAUAGCCAGAAUGUUAUCCGUCCAACGAUAUACGAGUCGCUUAUCUCAUCAGUGGGACGUAAGUCAAGUUUUUAAAAACCACGAGUUUCAUUUCGCACAAAGAGAUGUAGAUACCAAGUGGCGUAUUUGGAGAAAGAAAAUUCUCGAAAAUUUGCCUUACUACAUCCGUAGAGUAUAAUUUCGAAAUAAACGCCUCGUAUAAGAAUGUAAUUACUAUUAAGUCGCUCUUGUAAUUGUGAAUAAAAACGACCAUGUUCUCCACGCA